CAAGUAGUUAGCCAUGUGAACACCAUAGAACGUCUGUUUUAAGCAGGGCAAACUCAGAGCCCAAGUAGAUUGUGCUUCUAGGAAUGAGCUGGGACCACAGGCUACACCCUCUGAGUGUGCUGUCAGGGGCACAGAGAGGGCCGGGAUACACCAACGCCGAGGAGGAGGACAAACUAGAAGACUAAAAUCACAGCUCUGAAGCAGAAUGAUCCUCUGCUGCCCUAAAAUGUAGCACUCAUGGAUUCCGUCUGGGAUUUUCUGCAAUUGCAUGGACCACGCUCGCUCUUCAUCCUGGAGGCACUCAGGAGACAUUGCAGCCAUGUUCAGGGCCCUAGGUUGGAUCUGACACUGAACCAUGACUGCUUUACCGUAGAACUCUACCUUCUUGAUGACUGCUUGGACCUGAAGACUACAUCACUGGCCACUGAGGUGCCAUGCUCCGUGCUGCUUCCAAAUUAUUGAUAGGAGUUAAGAAGGUGCAAGACGUUUCCACUCAUUUUGUGUAUUUUUAGUGAGAUUUAAAGUUAUGUAAUCCAUGGGUUCCAUGUAAAGAAUUUGUGCUUUUGACAACUUCCUCUCACAAGCCUCCACAGUUUGGACACUUUUCGGCAUACUUCUUUGUUUUUUUUACUUUUUAUUUCUGUAUUUAGUCUGGAUUUUUAUUUACUUGGAACUGUAACAUUUCAGAAGAAAACCUGUCCCCUUCCUGGGAUCUUAAGAAUCUGCCGUCUCGGGUCCUCCUCAGUUGUUUACAUCUGCAGCUCUGUAGUACAUGAUGUCAUCUCUGAUCCUAAAACUGCUCUCAGAAGGCCAAUAUCAGCUGCAUGUCAGCGGGUGAUUUUAGAAGAAAAUAGCUAUGCUAAAAACAAGCCACACCAGAACCCACACUAUAUCCUGCAGCCGUUCUGAGAGGAUUUAUCCGAUGGGACCAGCGCCUGUUUGCUCCAAGCAGGAGGGUAUAGUGGCAUGUCAGUCACUGCUGUACAGUCACUGCUCUGCCUGCAUCUGUUCCACUGCAGGGGCCCCAAUGCUUCAUAUUUUAUAGUACGACUUUCCGAUUUUCUCCAUUUGUGGAUUAUACAUUUUGUAAAUAUGAAACGUUUUCAAGCAUGGAAGAACUCCCUUCCAUUUCUAUCACAUUUUAAUAUUUAUAAAAGGUUGGGCAGUAGCAUGCAGGCAGAUGAGGGCUCAGAAUGGCUUCUGGAGCUCUUGAGCGAGGUGCAGCUGCAGCAGUAUUUCCUACGUAUACGUGAUGAUCUGAACAUCACGCGUCUUUCCCACUUUGAUUACGUCAAGAAUGAAGAUUUGGAGAAAAUCGGCAUGGGCCGGCCUGGCCAGAGGCGUCUUUGGGAGGCAGUAAAACGAAGGAAAGUAAUGUGUAAACGUAAGUCCUGGAUGAGUAAGGUUUUCAGUGGAAAGCGUCCAGACUCAGAAUUUUCUCCUCUACCACAAAAUACUUUUCGGAAACCUCCCAGCCCACCACCUCUUGAAGGUCAGCAGGCCCUGACCUGUCUCAUCAGUGAAAAGGACAUUUCUCUUUUUGAGAAACUUGGAGAUGGUUCUUUUGGUGUGGUUAGAAGAGGGGAGUGGAACACCCCUAAUGGCAAACUGCUCAAUAUCGCUGUGAAGUGCUUGAAGACGGAUGUACUUACACAACCAGAUGCCUUGGAUGACUUCAUUAGAGAGGUUAAUGCCAUGCAUUCUCUCGACCAUGUCAAUCUCAUCAGGCUUUACGGAGUGGUCCUGACACAUCCCAUGAAAAUGGUUACGGAGCUUGCCCCAUUGGGCUCUCUUUUGGACCGUUUGCGUAAGAACCUGAGCCACUUCCUUAUCUCCACGCUGUGUCACUAUGCUAUACAGAUUGCUAAUGGCAUGGCCUACCUCGAAUCCAAGCGUUUUAUCCACCGGGAUCUUGCAGCCAGAAAUAUUUUGCUUUCUUCAAAUGAUUUGGUUAAGAUUGGAGACUUUGGCCUUAUGAGAGCGCUGCCCAAAAAUGAUGAUCACUAUGUCAUGCAGGAGCAUCGAAAAGUACCCUUUGCAUGGUGUGCUCCAGAGAGCCUAAAAACCCGUACAUUUUCCCAUGCAAGUGACACAUGGAUGUUUGGGGUGACACAAUGGGAGAUGUUCACUUAUGGGCAGGAACCUUGGAUUGGCCUAAAUGGCAGUCAGAUCCUACAUAAGAUUGAUAAAGAGGGCGAGCGGUUAGCACGACCAGAGGACAGCCCACAAGACAUUUAUAACGUCAUGCUGCAAUGCUGGGCUCACAAACCUGAAGACAGGCCUACUUUUGUAGCCCUGAGAGACUUCCUGAUAGAGGCUCAGCCAACAGAUAUGAGAGCCCUGCAGGAUUUCCAAGAGCCAGACAAGCUGCACAUUCAGAUGGAUGAUGUCAUAACUGUCAUCGAGGGCAGGGCUGAGAAUUAUUGGUGGAGAGGUCAGAACAAACGAACGUUGAAAGUUGGUCAGUUUCCACGGAACGCAGUGACAUCUGUAGCCGGACUGUCUGCUCAUGAUAUUAGUCGACCUCUAAAGAACAGCUUCAUCCACACAGGUCAUGGAGACACUGUGCCUGCUCAUUGCUGGGGCUUCCCUGACCGGAUUGACGAGUUGUACUUGGGAAAUCCCAUGGAUCCACCUGAUAUUCUAGGACUGGAUCACGGAACCUCUAAACCAACUCAGCUUCCUGGGAGGGCAAAAAGGGAGCCUCCGCCUCGCCCUCCUCAACCUGCCACCCUGGUUAAGAGUAAGUUUCUUCCCUCCCUCUUCAGUGCACCCUGUUCCUGCGCACUCUGCACUAUUGUACUCUCUCUCGCUCAAGAACCAACUUAUAAUUCUGUUAACGGUGAGGACGACUCUCUAUCAUCUGGAAUCAAGAAGCUCUCCCUGAAGAAGACCACAACCAAAGGACUUAAAUUGGUUAAACCUUCUGCAAGGGUGGCUGGCACCAAAGUGACUGACCGGCAUCUUCUUGGAAUUAAAAGUUCUAGCUUUUCUUCAGGAGAUGUGGCCUUGAUUGACUUUGGAGAAGAUACAAGCCCAUUAAGUCCAGGCUUUGUUUUUCCUGUAGCUGAAAAGACUGCUCCUUCUUUAGCUAAAUUGGCUAUGGAUGCCUUCUCGUUGCUCGAUAAAACUCCUCCCCAGAGUCCCUCUCGUUCACUUCCCCGUCCUCUUCAUCCAACACCUGUGGUAAACUGGGAUACAAAACCUCUUCCAGCUCCUCCAGCUUAUGAUGAGGUGGCACAAGAUGAAGAUGAUUUUGAAGUAUACACUAUAAAUAGUCCUGAUGUUCUGGCAAACAGAGAAAAAGUAACAAUAAACCUACUUCAGAAGGCCAGAGACAAAGGAGAAACCAACUAUGGUUAUGUACAGGAAAAUGAGAGAGGCCAAGUUAGGAUCAAUGUAGAGGACAAUCUAUUCCUGUCUCCAAAGGAUAUAAAACAGCCUAACUUUUCUCAAACUUCUGAACUCUUUGAGGAGCUGCAGCAGGAAUGCAUGAAAAAGCUCAAUGUUCCUCUUUCUUCCUCUCUUGCAUCAACUCCUAGCCCAAGCUCCUCUGUUGCAAGUAUUAAUGUGACUCUGUCAGAGGACAAACCACAAAUACCACCACGCAUUCCCAUCCCCCCCAGACCAGUUAGACGCAAUGAGCAUGAACGUUGGUCAGGAGAGCUGUCUCCAGCUUUUGGGGCAGAGGAUGUGGGACGUGCUCCUUUAUUGCCGCCACGGGACCCAUGGUCUCAGCCCACAUCUAGAACUCCUAGCCCUAUGUCUCUUCAUGUGGGCUCACCUCAGCAGAGAUCCAACCUUUGUUCUCCCAUGUGUGUUGGACUUUCUACUUCUCCGGGAAAACCUAUGCCCACCACUCAAAGCUUUGCAUCUGACCCUAAGUAUGCCACUCCAAAGGUUAUACAAGCGCAGGGUAAAGAUAUUUCCAAAGGUCCUUGCAUCUUGCCUAUUGUAAGAGAUGGUAAGAAGGUUAGCAAUACUCAUUACUACCUUCUUCCUGAGAGACCAUCAUACUUGGACAAAUAUGAGAAAUUUUUCAAAGAAGCUCGGAGUCCGGAGGAGACUUCAGUAAACAAAAGCAUCACUACAGCUACUAUUAGGCCAAUGAUGCAGCAGAUCGACGGGAAAGCAAACUUUUCAUCUAACAAUAGCAACUGUUCAUCCAAGAGUACUGUGAAGACGUCUUGUAGUUUUCAAAAAAUUGUUUACGAUGGCCCAGACAAUUUCAGGCCCUCAGAAAAAAUCAGACUGGUUCAGGACAUGGUUCAUGGAGUGACCACAGAAGAAUGCCAGACAGCUCUGCAGAACCAUGGCUGGAAUGUGCAGAAAGCUAUUCAGUACCUAAAGGUUGAGCAGCUUUUCUGUCUCGGACUGAAGACCCGAGUGGAGUGCCACAAAGUCUUAGAGACAUUUGACUGGAAUCUGGAAACUGCAAGCUCCCACCUCCUGGAUUCAUACAGCGGCUUACAACAAAAGCGAUGACACAACACCCCUGUGGUGACUGAAAUGCACAACUUUAAUCUACCUGGACUGAUUUGCUCAAGACAUUGGUUGAUGGAAGGGAGCAUUAUGGUGGACCUCUUAUCUCAGAACCUACCCAUAAGUGCGGUUCCUCUACCCUGAAGGGUCAGCUGUUAAACCAACCCAGUGUUCUGCUACAUGGACAUGUGUUAAUGUUGCAUUUUCUCUUUUAAUGUGUUUUCUUCCCCUUGUUGUUUAUUUGAAACAAAUGUUUUAUAAAAAAAAAGAUGUGUAAUUUUAAUAUAUACAUAUAUAUAAAUAAAUAAAUAUAUAUAUGAGUAUAUAUAUAAAAAUGUAA